UUUUGUUCUAAAGCAAACGGUUGCUUCCGACGAUGCUGCCGCUGUGUAGCAAUGAGGUCACUCCUGAGCCGGUGAACUGAUCAAUUGUAGGAAGAAUCCCUGGAAAACGGGCAGGCAAGCUUAAUGUGGAGUUAAACUGUGUGAGGGAUCUGGAGUUGGCAUUUCGAUUACCAUCCAUAUAAGGACUGCCGGGACUGCGGUUCAGCUGCUGCCAGCUGCCGUACCUCUCUAUUUGUCGACCUCCCGAGGGAAUCCUGAGGAAAAUGAGAUUUCCAUUCUCAGUACGAUGGCAGGUCUUGAGAGGCGAGCUCCACUUGGAUGCCCAGUCACCGCUCUUGUCCAAGGCUUCACCAUGAACCGGAACAAGCGUGAAAGGGAGUACUACAGUAUAGAUGUGGGCGAUUCGACUUUUACGGUUUUAAAGCGCUACCAGAACCUUAGACCUAUUGGAUCCGGAGCACAGGGAAUUGUUUGUUCAGCGUACGACCACAACUUGGAGAGGAACGUUGCCAUCAAGAAGCUGAGCCGGCCCUUUCAGAAUCAAACUCACGCAAAACGAGCCUACAGGGAACUGGUGCUAAUGAAAUGUGUCAACCACAAGAACAUCAUUGGGCUGUUAAAUGUUUUCACACCACAGAAGACACUGGAGGAAUUCCAAGAUGUGUAUCUAGUAAUGGAGCUGAUGGAUGCCAACCUCUGUCAGGUGAUUCAGAUGGAGCUGGAUCACGAGAGGCUGUCCUACCUGCUCUACCAGAUGUUGUGUGGAAUCAAACACCUGCACGCUGCAGGGAUCAUACACAGGGACCUGAAACCCAGUAACAUUGUGGUGAAGUCCGACUGCACACUGAAGAUUCUGGACUUUGGUUUGGCCAGGACGGCCGCCACCGGUCUCCUCAUGACGCCCUACGUGGUGACGCGUUACUACCGCGCCCCUGAAGUCAUCCUGGGAAUGGGCUACCAGGCCAACGUGGAUAUUUGGGCUGUGGGCUGCAUUAUGGCAGAAAUGGUUCGCCACAAAAUCCUUUUUCCAGGAAGGGAUUGUAUCCUUGAGCUGCUUGCAGCAGUGUCUGGCAUUUCAUUUGAUGUCUGGUCUGUUGGCUGCAUCAUGGCUGAAAUGGUCCGGGGUAGUGUGUUGUUUCCAGGCACUGAUCAUAUUGACCAGUGGAACAAGGUGAUCGAGCAGCUGGGGACGCCGUCUCAGGAGUUCCUGAUGAAGCUCAACCAGUCGGUGAGGACCUACGUUGAGAACCGGCCGCGGUACGCCGGCUACAGCUUCGAGAAGCUUUUCCCUGAUGUCCUGUUUCCUGCAGACUCUGAGCACAAUAAACUGAAAGCGAGCCAAGCCCGUGACCUCCUAUCAAAGAUGCUGGUAAUAGAUGCAUCAAAGCGGAUCUCAGUGGAUGAAGCUCUCCAGCACCCCUAUAUCAACGUGUGGUACGAUCCAACUGAAGUGGAGGCACCUCCACCAGUGAUCACAGACAAGCAGCUGGAUGAAAGGGAGCACACAGUGGAGGAAUGGAAAGAGCUGAUAUAUAAAGAAGUCCUGGACUGGGAGGAAAGGACGAAGAACGGCGUCAUCAGGGGACAGCCGGCGUCCAUAGGUGCAACAGUGAGCAGCAGCUCCCAGCAGCACCACCAGCACCAUCCCUCCACAUCCUCCUCCACCUCCGCCAACGAUGUCUCCUCCAUGUCCACCGACCCGACCCUGACCGACACCGACAGCAGCCUGGAGACAGUCGGCACCACCGCCGCCGUCGCUGCUGCUACGGCCUCCGGCCCCAUGGGCUGCUGCAGAUGACUAUCACCUACACCUGGUUCUGGGCUGGGCCACACCACCCGGUCGCAUCCGAGACCACCAGCCCGAUGCCGGCUCCUGGUCCCCACCCGCUGUGUUUGCCUCCUCUCCGUGCUUGUCUUCAGUAGUGUAGCUUUUAGCUAGCUAGCUGUUUGAAACAUUUCUGAAAGGACAGAUCGUUUUCUUUUUUCUUUUUUUUUAAUGAAAGCUGUAGUCUUUUUUUAAAAAACAAAAAAACAACAAAUUAGGAUUUCCUUUUAUUUGAGUCCUAGCUGUAAUUUAUUGUGGCAUUUCUUAAUUUUUUUUUUUUUCCAGAAAGAUGAUCAGAGAAUUUUUAUCAUUUCACUAUAUUCUGGUUUAUAUGAACCGACGGUGAAAAUUUAAAGAAAUAUCUGUAAAUUGUUUCAGUGUGAUCUAUUUUUUUCUGUUUGUUUCACCUGUAAGCUACUGCUUUUACAAUUUGCCAUAUACAUGUAGAUUGAGUUUGUACAGAUUUUAUGGUAGAUGUAGUUUUAUUCUUCGAUACCAGUUUGCAGUGAGCCAUUGAAAACCUAAUUUAAUUGACAAACAUAUGGUCUUAGUACUCCCCGUUAUAUGGAUAUUAUAUCAUAGGCAUAGGGCAUAUCCAUUUAUUUGAACUCCUGUGAGUCAGUACUACAUCCUUCAUUGUAAAUUUUAACCUUAAUGAAAGCUUUAUAAUUACUUAUUUUUCACGUCCUUUCAGAAUGCUGACAUUUUCUCACUAUGUGAUUGAUUUUUACCUUCUCUUACUACAGGAUUGGUAAUGGCACAGUCAGGUCCCGCAUGAUAUCCUCUUAUGACUUUUUUCUGUAUUAUUUUAAAGUGCUUUUAAAAGUACCUCUUAUCUGCAGCUGGCUGUGUAACGUCGUGGACCUGGAUAGGUGGAAUAGUUUUGGUGACAGUUCAGGACUUUAGAAUGUUCCUCGUCGUGUUUUGAGAGGUUUUUGUGAGACGUAGAGACGUUUGAGGUUGUGAAAUCGGUGACGGUGUAAGUGAAAUGUGCUUCGGUCAAGUAGGGAAACGUGAUAUUUGAGAACGCAUGCGAACGUGUUGAUAUUUGGCAUCUCAGAGAGAGAGAGAGAGAGAGAGCGGGCCAUCCUGACGGAGGAGUGUGAGGAGUGUGCCUCCUCACUCUCAGAUCCCGUUAUUAGUAAUGUGCUUUGGUGAAUUUGGAAAGUAUGAAGUGAUCUUUUUUUUUUUUUCCUUAUUUCUUCUUUUAAGCCUAAAAAUCAGCCGAACACUUUGGGUACCAGACUUGCAGCACAAAAACCAGAGUCAAAAGAAACACGUUUUUCUUACUGUAUGCAAUAAUAGCAUCCUGUUUGAGUGUAUUUGAUUUUGUCUGGAAAGGGAAAGUGCCUGUUUGUUUGUCAUUCAUUCCUGAGUGUGUAGGAGGGAGUGCAUCAUCCCUCAGCUUCUGGAUAACAACAGUUUCCGCGUCAAAGCGGCCGGUGAUGUACGAGGGAGAUGGUGUUUCUCACAACCGUAUUGUAUAUUUUUCUACUUGUUUUGGUUUUGGACUGUUGAGGAAGAGACUGUAGUGUCUUGCAGGAGAGGGUGGUGGUGACGUAUGCAUCGAGGUGCUUAUGCAUGUGUUGGAGUCAUUUCAGCAGAAGAGGCAGUUUUACGAAGGUAUUUCAUCAAAGUAAAAAGAAGUGUUUCUUUUCAGUGACAGCAACCGACAUAGAAUAACGACAGUUUUUAUACAUAUGUUAUUUUACUUAUUUAAUGUGGUGAUUUAAGUUCAGCUGCUGGAUCAAACUACACGAGCAAACCUUGCAGCUGAAUUACUGUCAGUAUUUUAGAAAGCUUUAAGUUUAAUGUUGGAAAGGCAGAUCCUUCUGUAGACGGGGCCACAGUGUUUCUGUAGCUUACAUAACACUUGUGGUGUUAACUGACAAAAAAAAAAAGAAAAAAAAUGCCUCUGCCAUAUUUAAUAAACUAGCCAUAUUAGCUUAUAUCCUCCAGCGAAUCUGCCUGCUACAAAAUGUUUGCAUAAACAAAGCGUUCAUUUAUGUGAUGGGCUCUGGCGUGGAUCACGAGCAGAUGUGGAUGUCGACAGCGGAGGAAUAAACGUUGGAGCGCUUGGGUUGUCAGAAUGUGUAAGACAACACUGUCAGGAUCCUGUUGUGUUUAGUUGGUAGGUUAUCUUUAGAUUGUAGCAUACGCUGUAGCGCUGUGCGGUGAUCUGCACAGGCAACAAACGUGACCGCCAGAUAUAUCAGGCUAAAUGCAGAUGUAACAAUUCAUAUAACGGCGGCAUUUCUCAAAAGAUGUAACACUAUGGCUUCUUCUCAGUUUCAGGUUCCGCACUGGUGCCCUAUUUAUGUGUUACUAAUCAAUGACAACUAGUAACUUUAAAUCUAGUGAUUUACUCAGUCUUGAUGAGCUGUAAAAUAAUACAUGGCUAAUCAUGGAUAAACUGACAAACUUUAUCUGUAGUAAGAUUAAUGUCAGUCAUUGUUAACACCUAAUAUUGCACCAAACUGUGGUAGCUAUUCUUCACUAAAUCAGUUCCAGGCUGGAACUGUCAUCACAUAAGCCAGUCAGGGUCAUCCUAACGCUGCUUCUUUCCUGAACUCCCAGCGAUACUCAUCAGAUCAACAGACGCGCAAAACCAAUUUUUAUUUAAACUGGGUUUUCCCAAACGGUGACAGGUUUCCUUCCCAGAGUUGGCAUGUAAUUCAUUAGCGAGCCAGCUUCAAUGGUGUCAUUUUAGCUGGGCAGCCACAUAUAUCAUGAGGUUAUCAGUUAGCUGCACAUUUAAUAUUUUAAAAAAAAACAAAGCAAAGGCUGACUUUAUCAACGAGCUACAGGACAGUUGGCAUCUAAAAUGGCAACGUGAUGUUAGCUUAAUAUCUGGUAUGUUAAACGGGAAAUGUUAGCUUUGUCACUGAGCUACACAACCAUAGACAGCCUAAAAGAUGGACGGGACUCACUGUGACAUCACCCACUGGUUUGUGGUGUGUUGUUUAGCCUUGAUGAGUGAUUUCGCUGUUGCCAUCAUUUUUUAACAGAAUAUGACAAGUUGGGGGUGGAUCUGUGUAACUGCACACUCGCUGGCUAAUGGCUUGUCAGUCACAGGUCCUUAGCGGACAACCUGAAAUGAGUACCCAUAAACCCCCAAUCUUUUUAAUAGCUCCCUGGUGGCUAUUCGCUGUAUACACCCAGAAGCUACAUCCAUCUUUUGUCCUGUGUAAACAACAGUUAAAUGCUUCCUACAUUAGCUACCCUUUCUAGUUUUCUCCACACAAUGCAAAUGUUGAAAAAUCAAAUUAGCUCUAUGCCAGACCCGUUUUUGAUUUAGUGAUUUGCAAAAGUUUCUGGAUUUGUUAUAGUGAGCAGCUGCUGCUGUGGCUAACCAGUAAGUAAUCCUACCAUUACAUUGUAGUUGCUGAACAUUGACUGUUAAGUACGAAGUACAGCGUUAGCAGGUGUGGAGGCUAACCAAUAUAGCACAAAACAAAAUUCAGCCUUCCAGUAAUUUUGUUUUUUACCUGCAGUAAUUUUGUUUCCAACUAAAUUACUGCAGGUAAAAAGUGAAUAGUCAGUUUUAUUGUUUCCAACAGCAAAAAUAAAAAAAUCCAAGUAGUAGUGCGAAGAUGUAAGCAAUGUCACAUCUAUAAAAAAUGUUUUAAAAAAAAAAAGGCACAAGUAAUGAGGAAAAAAAGCAGUGGCAUGUAUCAAUUUGUCAUAUUAGCUGAACAAAAUAUAUAUUCUGUAAAGUGCUCUUAAUUUUCUUAGCCCGUCAGUAGGAGCAUUAAUUGGAGUAUUUCCAUUUUUCUUCUUCUUUAUAGGUUGUUGUUACUUUAUCAUUAUUAUUACGUCUCUCCAACCAUUUUCAUUCUGAUUUAAGUCGGCUUUGAUGAACUACCUCACGCUGAAUUUCUGCCCGUUCUCGCAUAUAUUCGCCUGCAGAAUUAGCUAUCGAAGACAUGUGAAUAACAGAUUCCAUUAUUUAUUUAUUUGAAAGUGUACUAUUUGUCGGUUUCAACAGACUUCUAGUUUUGUACAUUAUGUAUACUUCACCUAGAAGUAAGAGAAUUGUUAUGUAUUUUGUUUUUGUUUUCUUUUUGUUCUUGAACUAAAUGUGCAAUACCUUCAGCAAACUGUGCGAGUAGUGUGUGAUGGGCCUAGCCUUUGUUAGCUGUCUCCUGAAGGUAAAGAAAAUGUUUGGUACUGUCAAUCCAUGUGGUUUUUUUUUUGUUUUUUUUUUUUGAAUAAGAUACAUUUUUAUUUCUGUGACUUGUUUAUAGUCAAAAUGUUACGUAUUCGGUCUUACCCAUUUAAAAAAAAAAAAAAAAAAUCUUUCACCCACAGUUUGAUGUGGAGACCAAAAGAUCUUUGACUCAUGUGGGCGGCAGAUUUUUGAUUUGGGACAUGGCUAGGACAAUAUUGUUAAACACAAAAAAAAGUAAGUAAAUACCUACAAGAAUUCA